UCAUCUCUCCGCACUUCAGACGCGCUCAGUGCAAACAUCUGCCCUCUGAUGAUCUACAGGAGACUUCAGCUCUCCGGCGCACUCAAUCUCGUCGCAUCAAAUCUCGGAUCAGGGAGACAUGACCCUCCGUUAUAUCGCGCUCUUGAUCGCGGGACUGAGCGUCCUCACGUGCAAAACAUGGGCCGUGGUGGAUGUGAACAUGGAAGACCGGGUGGAUGUAUCUUUAAAAGGCCAGGCUGAAAUCUCCUGUAUCUACACUCUGAAGGAACCAGCCAAGAUGAUAGUCUGGUUUACGAAAUCGGCAGGCAGGGACCAAAGCAGGAGAAGAAUCUACUACUAUGAUGAUCAGAACGAGAUCAUUGACGAGGGCAGUGAAUACGCCGGGCGGAUCAAUUUCACACACUCUUAUGAACCACAGAACGCACGCGGAAGUGCCCUUCUGAUCAUCAACAACGUGCAACUGAGUGACCAGAAGGAGUUCAUCUGCUCUGUGCAUGAUGUGUUGGCAGACAUCGGUGAAGGACACACUCGUCUCCAAAUAUUCAACUCGCCAUCUCUACCUGUGAUUGAAGGUAUACACACAGGGAUUUCUGUUACUGAAGAGGAGCCAUUAAAGGUUGCACACUGCAAAGUGGACGAUGGAUAUCCCAGACCCACCAUCACAUGGUACAGGGAUAGAUUCCCUCUCCAGCAAUCAGACGAGGUAAAGAUCUCGGAGUCGGAGACAACCAAAGCUAACGGUCUGCUCACAGUUGAGAGUGAUCUGUACAUUAAGGCUCAGAAGUCAGAUGAAGAUGCCUUUUUCUACUGUGAGGUCAAAUACUUUGUCCCCGGUGGAGCAAGAAUGACAGAAUCCAAGAACAUCAGCAUCACAGUUCAUUACCCUACUACAGAAGUAACAGUGCACGUAUAUCCACCUGAUAGGCUUAUAAAAGAAGGUGACACUGUGGAGAUCCGAUGUGAGGGAAAUGGAAACCCUCAGCCUGUUUUUACUUUUACACAUAAAGAGAUUGAGUUGGAUAAUGCAGAUAAUGAAAUGGUGCUUCUGGAAAAUGUCAUGCGGUCAGCCAGUGGGAUGUAUGUGUGCCAGUCAUUGGACUUUGACACAGGCUUUGACACGGAGGCCUCCGUCAACAUCACAGUACAUUAUCUGGAUCAAAUUGUGGUGACACCAGAGGAGACAGUUCUGAACCAGGGGGAAGAUCUCACCUUAACCUGCAACGCCUUGUCUUCUUUACCGACACUGACAGCAUGGUAUAAGGAUGGCAUGCGGCUGGUGGAGAGGCAUGUUUUGGAGUUACACAAUGCCUCCUAUGACACUGCUGGAUUGUAUAUGUGUGAAGUGACAGUUCCUUCCCUGCCUGAGCUACGAGAACAAAAGUCUGUGCAAAUCAGUGUGCGAGGGAAGCCUAAGAUCACAGAGGAGAUAGCAGUGGGUCCAGUGAAUAAGGCUGACCGCUCCGUUAACCUGACCUGCUAUGCAGAAGGCUACCCAUUCCCCACCAUCACCUGGACCCUCUCUGACCAACGGACUGGGCAGCCUGUCCCUGUGCCGGAAGCAGAGAACCAGAAGACAGACACUGGUAUUCUCAGCAUGAUCUCUGUGAGAGCCACGUCUGAACUCACAGCCAAGUGCAGCGCUGCCAAUGAGUUGGGGACAGAAGAUGUUUCUCGCAAGAUUGAAGCAUUUGCACGUGUGGCAACAACUACAACCCAAGCCACCAGCACUAAAGGAACGGGAUUAACCGCUCCACCAAAACAAACACGAAGUGGAAGUGGAGUCGUCAUAGCCGUCAUCAUCAUCUGCCUCCUCCUCAUAGCCAUACUGGGCAGCGUGCUCUACUUCCUCUACAAGAAAGGAAAGCUGCCCUGUGGACGGUCGGGAAAGCAGGAUUUCACGAAGGAAAAGACCAGUAAGGAUGAUAUUGUAAUGGAGAUGAAAAGCGGUAAAUCUGAAGAGGCGGUGCUUCUACAAGGAGUCAAUGGAGACAAAAAGUCCCCCACUGAAUAGGUCAUUACUUCAGAACAAUGACUCCCAUUAUUAGCUCUUUUACAGUCCACGGAACUCAAAUCCAAUCUUAAACAAGACCCAAGAUUUGUAAGGCUGACACUCACCGUGCCACAGAAACCUGAUGGUAUUUUCUCUCAAUUAGGGUCAGCGACUGAAAACUACAUGCACACAUGGAGAGACGCUAGCGGCCACUGUCCUACAGCGCUCCGUCUCAGGGUGAAUCCCAAUCUGAGUGCUCAAAGACCUCACAACACGUCCACAUCUUCCCCUCUACUUGAAUUCCCACUCAAUUCUGCUUUUUUCUGCCCAUGUUUUGUAUUUGAAAUGCUACAAUCUGAUUCAAUAUACAGUAAGAUGAUCCAAAAAGCACUAAGUUCAUUAUGAACGACUCCACUCCAGUAUUUACAAAUUGUAUAUAAAUAUGAAACACUGUAUAUAUUUAGCUAUUUAAAAUGCCUGAGACAUUGGAAAGGGUGUGCUUGAGUCUCUUUGUUGAGGGGCAUUUGAAGAGUGCCGAAGAGUGAUUAUUUGCUGUGCUGUCGAUGUGUCUGAUCUGAACCUGCUCUCACGUCUGCCGCACUAUAGUCCAUGCACUGAACCGUCUUUACCACUGUCAACAUUCAUCUGUCCUCUGGAUCAGCACUGAAACUGCCCAAUGAUAAAGCUUGAGGGCAAUUUCUCUACAAAUAAAUUGUCAGGGAAAGUCUCCGACAUGGCUGACCUUUUUUCCAAAUAUGUAAGCAAAAUGUUGGGUUCAUGUCAUGCCUCUGGUUUUGUUUUGAUAAUUUUAUUAGCUAUAUCAAAUUAAGUUCAUGUUCACUGCGAGGGCCGAGCCAGUGAGUUACGUUAAUGUCAGUUUGAGCUAAAAAUGUCCCUCUGGCCUGAGAAAAAUGGAAGUGCCCUGUUGAGCUCAGUUGUAUUCUUUUUUUUUUAAUUGCCAUUUUAUCUGCUGUCCUCAUCUUGCACUGAAUGUAAAUAAUAAAGAAAUACAUGACCAACCCUCCCAUUUUAAAAUUUUAGAGGAAAUAUUAAAAUGCAUGUGGAAGUCUGCAGUCAUUUAACACAUUGGAGGGAGAGCAGAACAGGAAGAAAUGCAGGUGUUACUUUUAUACUUGGACUUCUUUUUAAACAGUAUGUUUUAUUAAUCUUUUUUUCAAUCCAUAUUUUGAAGGUUUAUAAAUUGGAUCUUAAUCUAUGCAGUAUGUACCCUGUACUGUACGCAAAUCAGACCCACAGAUGGAUACAAAAGUCUUUAUUACACUGAAGUUCACCAGUUUCAUUUCCUCUGGUUUGUCACACCGUUUUUGUUCUGUGUCGGUGGUGUUUUUGUUAAUGCUUGUUUUUGAAUUGUCCUGGUAUUUCUAUUAAAAAGGGCUGGCUUACUCGAGCCUUAAUUUUUGUCACAGUUUGGCCCAUUUAUUUAUGUUCAUCAGAAACAUCUAUUCUAUACAAUGGUUCGAAAUAUUUUAAAGGUUAAAGAAAGGAUAAGAUCAAAAACAGAUGUGGCUUUUUAUAGACACUAAUAAAUUAAAAAAAUUACAGCAUUCACACAGAACGCGAAACGUUCAAACAUCUGUCUAACAACUUUUAACAUUGAAAACAAUUAAAAAAGCAGCGAAGUCGAAUGAAAAAACGCGUUGUGUGUGAAGGCUGUCCUCUAUACACAGCGAGGCCCAGUUCUGUCAUGUCGAAGUAUUUCUAUAAAAGGACAAGCUAUACCAGACUUCUGGUCAAGCUUCAGUAGGCCUGCUUGAACUUUACAUUCCAUCCAUUAGCUUCUAAUAACGUUACUUGUGUUAAGUUGUUUUCCCACCAAAAAUUACCAUCCAGGAUGAUGUCAUUAAUAAUUAAAAAAAAAAACCUAAGUGAAACUGAGCACAAGGAAAACUAUGAGGUGACUUUCGAUUAAAACUAUAUUCCCAAAAUAGGUUUGGAUUAAAACUAGUCAGAAGAAGAAAAAAAAAAAAGUUAACUUGUAUAGCAGUUACACACACGGUUUUACCCUAAAAAAAAAACAACAAGACUAAGCUUUAAGACAGACACAUUAGCCAUGAUGUUUGUUCUAUUGUUUUAAUUAACAGUAUAGCGCUGUGCAUACUUCCAAAGUGAUAUGAGAAUUAGCACAAAAGAAAGAAACCCUGAAAUACUCAGGCAAGUUAUGGCAAAAUGAGGAGCGAGCUCCCUCUUGUGGUCUGAUUCGAGACAUUCCAGUAAACAGACAAGAUGUCACUGACCAAGCCAAAGAAGCGUUGAGCAACAAUGGAAACGUUUUCCAAAAAUUCAUGAGGGAUAUCAUUCACUCUUUACACUAAACAAGGCCUUUUUUCCGGGUAGCAGAACAAAAAUUACGGACAUAUCUAAACAUAUGGCACUGCUCACAGUAAUAUUCACAUCAGUAAACAAAAAUAAAAUUCUGACAUGUACAGGAAUGCAAAAAUGAAAUAAAACAUUGCCAUUUCCACGUAUUCUAUGUAUAAGUAACUUUACACGCUUGAUUUUAAAGUGACAGUAUCAUAGCACAAAUUGGUACACUGUGCCAAAUAUGGUACACACAACCUCACACACAUCCAUCACACAUAAUUAUCAAGAAAUAGUAGUACAGUAAAAUGAAAUGAUUAAAAAAAAACAUCACCUUCUCAUCUCUAAACUUCAUAUGGUGCAGUAAAAAAAAAAAAAAAAAAAAAAAAAAA